AUGUUGCGACACGUGAGCACUCGGCUACAGCCACUACGCAGGGGCGCGGCCUCGUGCUCGAGGCUGCUGCGGCAGCGGCCUGCAGGGCUUGCUUUGCCGACGAGGACCAUGGCGACGGUGGCGGUCGAGGGAAUCCCCAAGGAACCAACCGACCUGGACCAGAUCACGACGCUGCCAAACGGCCUGCGCGUCGCCUCGGAGGCGCUGCCCGGCUCCUUUUCCGGCGUGGGUGUCUACGUCGAAGCCGGGUCGCGGUUCGAGGACGCCCAGAUGCGCGGUGUGUCGCACAUCAUGGACCGGCUGGCCUUCAAGUCGACGUCGCGCCACUCGGCCGACGAGAUGCUGGAGCGCGUCGAGGCCCUGGGCGGCAACAUCCAGUGCGCCUCGUCGCGCGAGUCCAUGAUGUACCAGGCCGCCACGUUCAACCGCGCUGUGCCCGAGACGGUGGCGCUGCUGGCCGACACGAUCCGCGACCCGUGCCUCACGUCGGAAGAGGUGGCCGAGCAGCUCGAGACGGCGCGGUACGAGAUUGCCGAGAUUUGGGCAAAGCCCGAGCUCAUCCUGCCGGAGCUGCUGCACUCGGCCGCCUUCAAGGAUAAUACGCUUGGCAACCCGCUGCUGUGCCCGGAGGAUCGACUGGCGUGCAUCGACCGCGGUACUGUGGUUAGGUAUCGCGACCUUCUCUACAAGCCCGAACGCAUGGUGCUGGCCUUUGCCGGCGUGGAGCAUGACGUGGCGGUUGGGCUGGCCGAGCAGUACUUUGGCGCCAUGGAGUCAACGACUACCGCAGCAUCUGAGACGAGCGACAGCGAGGGCUCCGUCUCCUCCUCCGCCCCCCCCUCGUCCUCGUCCUCAUCCGCCUCGGCCCAACAACACCAACGGCCAAGGCUCAUAUCCAAGAUCCCCUUUCUCAAGAACAUGGCCACCCCCCGCAACGCCACCGUCCUCAGCACGCCCCCCUCGCGGCUCAGUAAUGGCCGGCUGGCGGCGCACUACACGGGAGGCUUCUUGGCCCUCGCGCCGCAGACGCCGUCGCCCGACCAGCUCAAGUUCACGCACAUGCACGUGGCCUUUGAGGGCCUGCCCGUCGGGUCCGACGACAUCUACGCGCUGGCGACGCUUCAGACGCUGCUGGGCGGCGGCGGGUCCUUUUCGGCGGGCGGACCCGGCAAAGGCAUGUACUCGCGGCUGUACACAAACGUGCUCAACCAGCACGGCUGGGUCGAGUCGUGCGUCGCCUUCAACCACUCGUACCUCGACUCAGGCCUGUUUGGCAUCUCGGCGUCGUGCCUACCGGGCCACGCCGUCAACAUGCUCGACGCCGUGUGCGAGCAGCUGCGCGCACUGACGCUCGACCGCGGCUACGCGCGCAUGCACGAGGGCGAGAUGGAGCGGGCCAAGAAGCAGCUGCGCAGCAGCUUGCUCAUGAACCUCGAGAGCCGCAUGGUGGAACUCGAAGACCUCGGCCGCUCGGUGCAGGUCCACGGGCGCAAGGUGCCCGUGCGCGACAUGUGCCGCCGCAUCGAGGCGCUGACGGUCGACGACCUGCGUCGCGUGGCGGCAACGGUGGUGGGCGGCGCGGUGAGGAACCCGGGCGCCGGGAGCGGUGCGCCAACGGUGGUGUUGCAGGAGGCGCAUCAGUAUGGGCUGGCGAGUCGGCCGUUGACGUGGGAUCAGAUCCAGGAUCGCAUCUAUGCGUUUGGGCUGGGAAGAAGGAGUUGA